AUGGACUUGUUAGACCUGAAAAUUGAUCUCAGUUCGGUAGGGCCGAGCAGUUCUACCGCAUCAACAAGAAGCAAACGAACAUCUACUGCUGCUUCAGCAACCCCGAAUAAAGUUUCUACACCAAACAAAACUGCUGAGCAAGAAGAUGCUGGCUCCUCAAAACGACAAAGAGUAAAAACAGCACGAAGAUAUUCACCAUCUCCAGAACCAACCAAGAAGUCCAGAUCUUCAACAGGUGUUUCUACUGCUGGACGAGGCAGAGUAGUGAAACGUUGUAAUCUUUCCGACUUAUUGAAUUAUAUACCGAAAGCUCGCUGCGAAUUUGUACUCCCAGCUGACUUUUUUGAUUCUCAAAAUGCUAACAAAAAAGUUACUCGAAGUGAGUUAUUUGAAUUAUACAUUAAAAAUUAACUUGUUUUUAUAGAAAGCGCAAUCAAAACGCCUACUCAAUCUGCUCAACGUAAUUCAACGCCGAAGCAAAAUGUAAAUUUUUCAAACCGUUUUCUAAUUUUAUUUUUCAAUUUUCAGAAGCAAUCAUCAUCAACUCCACUUGCUUCUCCUUCUGUUGUCGCGAAACUUUCGAAAACUAAAGAGGUUAGUUAAAAUGAAUAACUUUUGAAAUAUUUAAAAUUGAUCAAUAUUUUCCAGAAAGUUGAAAAAGUCACAGUCGUGGAUUUGAAAAAGAAAACCCCUACAAAAUCUACACCAAAAUCUGUCGUCGAACCGGAAAAACAAUCUGUCCAAAAAAGUGUUUCUGCUGAAAAUAACGAGGCAAAAGAAGAGACGCCGAAUAAGAAAACUGGAAGAAAUCGAAAAAGUGUUGUAGAUCCAGUUGUGGUUGAGGAAAAAAAGGAGAAAAAUCAAGAAGAUGCAGAGGAAUCAUCGAAAAAAGAAACAAAUAAAGAAGAUUCACGAAAAAGCUCGGUUUUGGAAAAAACUGAAAAUGUUGUGAAUAGCGAAAACACAGCAAGAAAUAAUAGAAGAAUUCGAAGAAAAAGUGCGAUUGAUGAAAAGGAGAAAAUCGAAGAAAAGGAAAAAGAAGAAGAAAAGGAAGAGGUGAAGAACAAAGCUGGGAAUGAAAAAGAAGAGAAAAAGGAUGAAAAACAAGUGAAGACAGUUGAAAAGGAAAAAAAGAAAGAGGAAAUUCCACAUGUUGAACCAGUAGUAAAACAAAGUAAACCAAGUGCUUCAAGGUGAGCUCAUAAUAUUUAUAGAAUUUAAAAAAGUCUAAUAAAACGAUUACUUUAUAGAUCUAUUCGGAAGGUUCCCACUAUUAAAGCCAAAGAAUCUUCGUCUACUCCGAAUCUUUCAAAAAAGCCAGAAGUAUCCAGCCCGAAUCCAAACUCGGCUCUUGCAAUAAAAAGAAGGAUGGGAAUUUCGAAAAGCAGUGAAAGAAGAAGUUUGGCUCGAAAAAGGACAACAGAAUCACCGGCUGCUGAUGUUGUUGCAGAAGAGGAAGAAGAUUUGAAAUUAGAAGAUAAAAAAGUGGAAAUAAUUGAAGAAGAAGUAAAAGAGCCGGAAAUUGUUGAACCUCCAGUUGUUUUAGAAGAAAAACACAUUGAAGCUGAUAUUCCAACAUCAUCUAAUGCCCCUCAAGAACCGACACCGGUUCCAAUUCCAAUUGUACCAAAAAAGAAAACAGUUCCAAUUGUUCCAGCUGUUGUUCAACCAGGUAAUUUCAGCGGUUUCAUUUCUUUAAUCUUUAUAAAUUCGUUUUUUAUAGUUCGAUCUUCAAAUCGCCGAUCAAAACCAAAUCGUAUUUAUGGUGAUGAUUUCGAUAUGGAUCCAAGUAUUAAAAAAGUAUUGGAAUCGACAAUGAAUCGAAAAAGUGCUGAAGUUGAGCCAAAAGUGGAUGUAGAAGAUUUUGCCAAAUCUCAACAAGUUAUUCCAACACCCACACCUAAACCUGUUGUAGCAAGACCACCAACUAUCAGAUUUGGAUGUUUGAGAGGAUAUAGACCGAGUAAAAAAGAAUUCAUCUCGGGAACAGUUUUUGAAGAUGGUGAGUGUUUGAAUUAACAUAUUUUCAAAGACUUGCCCCUUUUUAAGGUAAAGAAGUAAUUGUUAAUGAUAUUAUUAAUGAUGUGUUGGAUAAAUUGAUGUUGGAUGUUUGUGCAGAUGGCGUUGCUAAACAUGCCUUCAUUGCAACAGAUUAUAAAAAGACAAAAGCUGGAAGACGAGAAGAUAAUUUUGAAAAACGGAAAAUAAUUGAAGCAAAACGUCUUGAAAUUGACAUGCGAACUCCGAAGUCAAAACCACUCAAUUUACCAUCUUCUUCAAAUUAUAUACCAUAUGAAAAUGAGGAAAACAGCACGAAAAGAAAGAGAAUUCCAAAAGUGACAAGUGAUGAUUAUUUGUAUGGUUCAUCUUAUGGAUCACAACCAAAAACACCGAAAGAAACUGUUAGUGAAGGUUUUGAUGAGAAGAAAAUACAAGAUGGCCGCGAUUUUUUGGCACGUGAAUUUGAUAUGGAAAUGGAACAAUUGAUGACUGAAGAACGAGUUAAAAUGUCAGCUACGGAAAAAGAAAAAAGUGAAAAGAAGACUAAAUUACCAUUGGUAAGAUAUUCAUUUCAUUUCAUAAAUUAGGUUUUGGGGGAAAAAAAUUGCCGUUGACCAUCCCGAAUACAACUCACGUUUUUCAAUAUUUUUUAAAAUUGGAAAUGAUCGAAUUCACUGUUUUAUGAAAAGCUCGUUGAUUUUUGACAAAACAUAUUUCAGCGUGACCUAAAAACACCGUAUACGUGUAAUAUUUGCAAACGUGCAUCAUUUUGCAUUCUUGAAUCUAAAUAAAAAAAGGUCAGAAAACUUUUUGGUAACCAUUAUUCUAUUCUCUGAAAAAAAUCAUAUUUAUCUUUCUUUAUUACAGUCACUCGAUGAUUAUAUGAUUCAACGAGAUGUCAAAAAUCGUCCUGAAUGUGGAAUCAAAUUGAUGGACGAUGAAACAAAUAAGAAUGUUGCAACCGAUUCAGAUGAUGUAUUUUUUUAUGAAUUGUUAUCUGAUUAUCCGUAAGUGUGAAAAAACAUUAAUGAGUAUUGAAAGUUUGAUUUUAGAACCACAUCAUCAGCUGCAACAACAAUGGAAGUUGGUCAAGAAAAUGCGGAAAGUGAUGAAGAAAUUGAUAUUGGAGGACCAGAAUGUUUGAACAGUGCACAAUUAUUGGAAGAACAUGUUAAUAUAAUGUUGAAAUGUCACGGUGAUUCGUUGGCAGCCGCUGAUGCUAUUGAAAAAAUCAUGUCAAGACCAACGAAUUCUGAUGGAACUGAUUAUAAAUUGGCAAAUGUUAUUGAGAGGUUUGUGAACAUUUCCAAAAAUAGAUUUAAAAUGCGCACGGAAGUUGUGGAUUUGAAUCACAAAGUUUUCAUUUUCAGAGCUGCCAGCGAACAACCUGAAAGAAUAAUGCGGAUUCUUAUUGCUGUUGUUGAUGUCAUCAAAUCACAAUAUCUUCUCGAAACUACGCCAAGUGUGAAAAAAUAUAACAUGUAAAAAAAUUAGGUUUUAAAUUAAAUUAAAUUAUUUUUUAUUUCCAGAGAAUCUUCAAUUUUCAAUUCGACAAAUUUCAAUGCACAGAAACUCAAAAAUGCAUUUGUUAUGUUUGAUGUUCCACAAAGAGAUGCGGUUUGUUGGGUUCAUGCAUUUUUGGUCGAACAUUUACCAGUUCACUUUUUGGCGCCUUAUUUGGUUUUGUUGAAACAUGCUAAAUCGAUGGUUAGUUUUUCAAAGAGCAAAAGCAUAGGGGUAUUAUUUUUGUUUUCAGACUUCCUCCUACAUUGGAUUUGUUGUUAAAGAUAAAUAUAAAGAUUCACCAACUUGGAAACAAGUCUCAAAAAUUAUUUUGAAUCAUGUUUCUACAAAAAGUUUUGAUCCAGAAGCAGAUCCAAUCGAUCGAACUAUUAUUCGCAAUUGUCAAUCAGAUGUGGUUUUUCUGCUUGUGACCCCGGUGAUGUCAGUCGGGGAUUUCUACAAUAAGCCAAGAGCAUUUGAAUAUCUAUUCCGAUGGCUCAAAUUAAUUGGACAUCCCGAUUCAGAAUUUAUCAAACCAAAUGAUGAAAAUAAUGAUGAUUCGGCUACAAUUGCUGAAUAUACUUGCGAUAAUCUGGUUGAUGUUAUAUGUGAAAAGGUUGUUUUUUUCAAAGAAAAAUUAAUAAUAUUUCUGAAAUUUGAUAGGUUCGUCAAAAAUAUCAAGCGAAUUCAAAUUGCCGAAUUGUUCUUGUUGGAUAUGGUUGGACAACUUUUGCCGCUCAUUUUGCUGCAAAUAAUGUCAAUGGAAUUUCGGCGAUUAUUUCACUUGGUUUUCCAGUUGUCGGUAAAUUUGGAAGACGUGGAGGUGCUGAUGAUGAUAUUUUGUUGAAUUAUUGUCCAACUCUUUUUGUUGUUGGUGCCGAAGGCGAACAUUUUAAUAAUGUGGCAAUGAAAGAUUUGAGAUCGUCUAUGUUGAGUAAGUUAAUAGAUAAUUUAAUUUAUUUCAACAAGGUUUCAUAUUUUUUAUUUCAGAUACAAGUGGACUUGUUGUUGUUGGUCAUGCGAAUGAUGAACUCAUUGUUCCUGCAAAUAUUCUCUCGAAACUUGGAAUCACUCAAAAAGUUGUGUUCCGCUUGAUUUUUGAGAAAAUUAUCAAAUUCCUUGAAUUGGAUGAUACACAUUGGGAGAGAACUAAACUAUUCCCGAUGGAUUUGAAUAAUGUUCUGAGAAUUGAUCCGGUUAUUUGCAAAGGAGGUGAAAAGACGGCGUUGAUUCCGAGUCCGUCACCUUCGACACUUUUGACACCUUCACCUGCACAUUUGGCAAUGGCACAAGGAGCAGCGCCUAUUUUAGCGGCUGCGAGAAGAGCGACUGUUGCUGUUGGAGUUGAUGAUUUUCCAAGACAAAUGGCUCAACCAAUUUUGCCGAAAAAAAGAAAAAUGUGAGUUUGAAAAAACAAACCGAAAUUGUUUGUUUUGUAUUUUGAAUGUAAACUUGGAUUUGUCAUGUUUAAUUGAAAAAUAUGAAAAACAAAAUGUUGAAAAUUUGCUGAUAUAAAAUCCAGGAAAUUUUGUAUUGAUUUCAAGGAAUUUCAAACACAUUAUAAUUUUAGAUUUUUUUUCAACGAAAAAAUGUUUCAGCGAUUAUUCGCAAUUGACUGGAUCAACAAAUUCUCCUUCGGUUGAUGCUCGACUCAAGUUCAAAGAAACUUUGAUGAAAAGGUUAGUUGCGUAAAAAUAUAUAUUAAAUUUAAAAAUAAAAACGUUGUGGGUGGUCUCUACUAUACUCAAAAUAAUCUAAUUUUCCCGCUAACUCUUUUUUUGUAGAGUUCAAGUUCCGGAAAUACUUCCACAGCGACUCUCAUCUGAUUCAAAUACCACAAUUGAACGUGGCGAUCUUCGUUAUCGAUCUCAAACCCUUUCUGGAACAGGAAUAACUCCUUCUUCACAUUCCUCCUCACUUCGCCCAUCUGUUAUUCCACAAUCUCGUUUUGCUGGCGGACUUUCCGUUUCUCGCGGACCACCAUCAAAACCUUCAACACCACAACCAUCACCAAAAGAAAGUGGAUUAGUUGACCCAGCAUCAAUCUCAUUGGCUUGA